GUCCAAUCGUUGUCAUGUUGGACUUUGUGAGGUCCGAGGUCGAUAUAGUGAGCGCUCUGUUAGUGUGGUCGCGCCUGCCUCGGUGCGCGGUUGUGUUACGUUGCUUGUAAAUCGGUAUUUAUAAACAAACGAAGUGCUAAUUAUUUAUAUCCGUGUGUUUAGGAUAUUUGAUGUGCAGAAAUUAAUUUGUGUCACAGACCACAGUCCUUGUUGUAAAGCGCUGGUUGCAAAUAGGUACAGAGUUUAAUGCGUGUUUAAUAUACAAAUAAUAUAGCACCAGACAUCGGAGUAUGUGAACAAAAAGUGUUAAAAUGUGAUAUUAAUUAAAGUGCGGACGUAAUAAACAGUGAUGAAUAAACGUGGCAAGAGAAACGUAGGCAUGAUAAGGCUGGGCAGGUGCGUAGCGUUUUUGGCCGCCGCUGCGUUUUUGCUGCCAUUCACAAUUCUUCUUAUGGUAGCAGACCAGCAGUAUAACUUCACGUAUAACUCCAAACGUAUCUUCUAUCAGGAGAGCGACUUCUAUAAAAUAAAUGGGACGUAUUACGCUCCCGUAACGACACCAUUUUAUCGGACACAGUUCGUGUUUGAGAAUGGCACACGCGAUGACGGUCUUCUCUCGCGUGAGAAGUUUCUGGAAGUCGGUGCGCGGAUGGAUUCCAGGCGAGAGUUUCUUAGGAGCGAAUGUUCUAGACUUAGUCUGGACGGCUCCAGCCAGAAGGCUUAUGCGUGGGAAUACCUCAUCAACCGCCAGUAUCAUGUUAUAUGGUGUAACAUAUUCAAAGCAGCAUCAACAUCGUGGAUGUAUAACUUUAAUUUAAUGGCGAAUUACACCGCGGCAUUUCUCAAUAGAACGAAAGAAGUUCCCUUAGAACUGGCCAGGAAACGGUACGCGAGGCCAACUGUCGAGAUGAUUAGAAAGGCCCAGGGGGACUCCAUCACGUUUCUAAUCGUGAGGCACCCGUUAGAACGAUUGGCGUCGGCGUACAACGACAAAAUAGUACACGCGUGGCCCAAGUCGUUCCAUGAUAAAAUGGGACGUAGGAUCAUUAAGAAGUAUCGAAAGGCAUCAGAAUCAAAACCAGCCCCAAUCGAGAGGUAUCCUGUCUUUGAAGAGUUUGUCUCGUACGUUUUGGAUGAAACGAAGGCCAAAAGAACAUUGGAUAUGCAUUGGACGCCAUACACGAGUUUCUGCACUCCAUGCAAGUUCAACUUCGACGUAAUUCUCAAGUUUGAAACUCUGGAUGAGGACCAAAGGUUUUUAAUACAAAUGUCACGUCUUCAAGAUAUUGUUAGGCCUGAGUGGCGGAACAGCGGCAAGGGCACUAACACGCUGCAUAAUAUCAACCAUCUUUAUUCGAGGCUCAGCAGAUCGCAGUUAGAUGGGCUGUAUAAUUUAUACAGAUAUGAUUUCCAGCUCUUCAACUAUACAAUCCAAAAUUAUUAUGACAUCAUUCACAGCGAAGACACCACCUAUGGAUGAAUAUGAGACCAAACCAAGGGUCAGUAUAUUGGCUAAGACUGAAGUGGAGGAUCGCUUUGAAUCUCGUUAAUCUAAUUCAAAUUCAAAUUUGAAAUAACGGGCAUUCUCGCUUAUAUUGCAAACGUCAUGGACAACUAGACGUCUAUAAACAAACAUCAGAAUACUUAAAAGUAAUUAUGCUCUUAUUAGAAAUAUUAUACUAAAAAGCUAUAUUUCAAGCCGUAUUCGUAUAUUUCGAUAUUCGUGAGUAUUGGGAGAUUAAUAUAAGAUAAGAUUCAGUAUAAUACAUCUCAAUAGUUACAAAUAUUAUUUAUUUCAUCUGUUUUUUGUAAGAAUACUUAACUAAGUAGCAAAUCCAAAGAUUAUAAAAACGUAAGUAUCGUUUUUCCUUCACCUUUGAUAGUUUUAAGUUUUCGAUAAGCGAUACCUAGAUGCCGUAAUAAGUAAGUCGAAAAUAGUUUUUUUAAUUAAAAUCCUUAUUUAUAAAACUUAAUCGAUCUAAAUACAUAAAUUACAAAGUAGUCGAUCUCUUUGUCAAAUUAUGUUUACGCUGUGUUGAAACGAAACAGAUACUGGUGUAAAAAUUUCUUUGAUAAGGGUCUAUUCACGAUUCAAUGAUAAACCUAAGAAUAUCUUACAACUACUGUAAGAACUGUAGUACCAAAGCGUUUGCAGCUAGUAGUCGAUGGCAAUGCUCCUCGAAGUAUUAAAACAUGUAAAUUAUUACUAGGACUAAUAAACAUCCAUUAUUUUCCCCUUGUUUUGACUGAAGCCGGGUAAAGGAGAGCAAUAUUAAAUCAUAUCAGCUUGCAUUUAAAAUAUGUUACAUAAAAUAUUUUAAUGAAAGGUACAUUAUAAAACAGAAAAGUACAAUAUAUGAAGAUUUUUGUAAGUAGACUUUCGUAUUUCAAAACGUCAAACCUAAAUCUUUAUUAAAGAACUGUCAAAUAAUUUAUUGUCUAUGGCAUAUGGCUAUAUUAUAAGAGUUGAAAAACGUUUUGGAAUGCGAGGCGGGGUUAGUGCUUUGUAUAUAAAAUAAUAUAUUAAUUAGUGUCAAUCUCAUUAAUGUUAAUUACGCGAUAGACAAUUAAAAUACAGAUUAUCAUACUAUUAUAUUUAUAAACAGCUAAUAAUUAAUUUAUUAUAUAUUUUAUUAAUCUUAUUAUAUUAUUUAUACAUCAGAAAUAGCGCACACUUUUAUAAGUUACGACUAAAUUAUUGUAAAGAAAUGUACAAUACCCAUUUCAAAAUAGUCAAUUAAUCUCAACAGAAUCUUUUUUAUCACGAAAUAAAGAUAGAGAAGUAUCUGAUUCUUAUGUGUUAAUAUUCGUAUUCUGUCAACUGUCAACUUUUCUUCAGUCUAAUAUGAGCUCGAUAGACUGUGAAGAUACAUUCAAAUAUAUGCCACAGAAUAUACAAAGAUUCGUAUUUUAUACUGAAUUUAGUUACUUUUUACAAAUUUUAUUGAUUUUCGUAGGAAAUAAUUCUUACAUACUAGUACUAUGAAUGUAAUAAAUAAUAUAACUAACAAUGUGUUAUUGUCAACACAAUUUUAGUACUUUAGGGGCCUUAGUCAAGAUGCUUUAACAGUAGUUUGUGUAGAAAGUCUAAAACAACUACUGAUAAGGCAUCUUGACUGAAGCCCCAUGAGUUGUGUAGAGCUUAUUAUAACUACCCACCAAACUAGUAUACUUUGAACUAUUAUUACUCUGAUAAACCAAAUUUUGAGAUUUAUUAUUAUCUCAAUAAGUUCUUCCUAAAAUGUUUAGAUGUUAAUUGUCAUAGACUUUGAACAAAAAAAUAUUUAACGAAUAUUUAUAGUAACAAUAAUGUAAUAGAAUUUUUCAUGUAUGUACUUUAUUAUCACAUAUUUUCUUUCAAAGUGAGCUUUUAUAACUACAUUUUAUUUGAUAAUCACACAACAUAGUCUUGAUUAAAAGUUGGUACAACGCUAUCUAGUGACAUUAUUUAACGAAAAGGCUGUCAUAAAAAAUUGAAAAAAAAAUUGCAAUUUUGUAAUAUCAGUUUUUUUUUUAAAUUUCAGCCAGUUUUUAAUUCUUGUAAAUUACAGAGCCCUUUCUUUCGCAUUUAUGUAUAAUUAUUCAAGUUACCUUGGAAGUCUUAGAUCUAGUUGGAAGGAAUAGACCAAAACAUGGCCUAUGAAGAAACUGGAAUGGUGCUAUAGUCCUUUAGAAUUUGAUCUCAUAUCAGAAUGAGACGUGCAUAUUAUGUACUUGUUGCCGCGUUAGCUCCCAUUAGGGAAGGUUGUGUUAUGUUGAUGUUAAAUAAGAUUUUAUUCUUAGUAUAGAGAAAUAUAUAAUAAUGAACA